AUGUCAGAAACAAUUGGAUUCAUCGGUGUCGGUCAAAUCGGUGGUGGUGUCGCUCAACUAGCUGUUGAUGCUGGUUACAAGGUUGCUUUAAGUAACAGUAGAGGUCCAGAAAGUUUAAAAGAUGUUGUUAAUAAAUUAGGACCAUUAGCCACUGCAACAACUUCAGAAGCUAUUGCUAAAGACAGUAACAUCAAAUAUGUUGUUCUUUCAGUUCCAUUAGUUAUUGUUCCAACUUUGUUGCCAAAAAUCAAUUUAGAAAACAAAAUUAUCCUUGAUACCUCCAACUAUUAUGCUCAAAGAGAAGGUAAAAUCGAAUCUUUAGAAGAUCAUACUUUAACUACAUGUGAAUAUGUCAGCCAAUAUCUUGAUAAAUCAAACAAAUUGGUUAAAGUUUUCAACAACAUUGAUUCAGUCCAUUUAUUAGUUGAUGCCACCAAAGAAGUUUCAAAACAAACCACUUUACCAAUUGCUGGUGAUGACUCUGAUGCUAAAGCUGCUGUUACCAAGAUUUUAAACAACAUCGGUUUCCAAGCUUUAGAUUAUGGUUUAUUGAAAGAUAGUUGGAGAUCAGAACCAGGUGAACCAAUUUAUGGUAUUCCAUAUAUGCCAGUCACACCUGAAGGAUUAGAAAAAGCAGCUGAAAAGAAAUACUUUUUGGAAACACCUGCUGAACCACUUUCAAAAGAAGCUGCUCAAAAAUUUAUUGAUGAUGCUAAAGUUUUAACCCCAGUUGGUGGUAGUAUCAAGGAUUUCCCAAAGAUUUGGAUUGAAAUCAUAAUGGAGAAAUACGCUCAACAACAACAAUCUAAAGCUUAA